AUGGCGACCGGCAACACCAGCAAGAUCACCGAUUGGGUCAACCCCGACGACAAGUCAGGCGAAUUCAAGCGCCAAGUAUCGGUCUUUCGCAAUUGGAUCUCCAGGGAACCCGGCGCUGAAUUCCCUCCUGAGAAGGGCCGCUAUCACCUCUACGUCUCAUACGCCUGUCCUUGGGCCCACCGAACCCUUAUCACCCGCCAACUCAAAGGUCUCGAAGACAUCAUCUCCUUCACAUCCGUGCACUGGCACCUAGGCGAAAAAGGCUGGCGCUUCGCAACCACAGAAGAGCAACAACCCUCCGAAAACGUCACCACCGACCCCCUCCACUCCGACUUCACUCACCUACGCGAUCUCUACUUCUCCAACGACCCGGACUACACCGGCCGCUUCACCGUCCCCGUUCUCAUCGAUAAGAAGACCAACCGCAUCGUAAGCAACGAGAGCUCCGAAAUCAUCCGCAUGCUCUACUACGAAUUCGACGACCUCCUCCCCACCCCCUACAAGAACCUGGACCUAUUCCCUCCCUCCCUCCGCUCCUCCAUCGACGCCACCAAUGACUGGACCUACAACGACGUCAACAACGGUGUGUACAAGUCCGGGUUCGCCACUACGCAAGAAGCAUACGAGAAAGCCGUAACGACGCUUUUCUCCUCAUUGGACAGAAUCGAAGCCCAUCUUGCAGAGACCGCCUCCAAGGGACCCUAUUACUUCGGGUCUGAGAUCACGGAGAUUGAUAUCCGAUUGUUCACGACUAUGAUCCGGUUUGAUCCCGUGUAUGUGCAGCACUUUAAGUGUAAUAUUCGGGAUAUUCGGUCCGGGUAUCCGGCUAUUCAUCGCUGGAUGAGGGGGUUGUAUUGGGAUGUGCCGGCGUUCAAGGAGACGACUAACUUUGAACAUAUCAAGAAGCAUUAUACGAAGAGUCAUAAGCAGAUUAAUCAGUUUGGGAUUACCCCUGUUGGGCCGGUGCCGGAUGUGUUGCCCAAGGGGGAGGAGGUUAGGGCCGUUGUUGGUGUUUGA